UUUUUUUUUUCGCUACUAAUUUUCUAAACGCUUGGUUUAAUUACAAUACUUGAUUUUCAAAAAGUAAAUCGGAACAAGAAAUAGCACAAAUAAACUCGUUCAAAUUUCGUACAAAUUAAUAUGGCUACAAGCAACACCAUGAACUUCGGACCAGAAUGGAUGAGACGGUUUCCUAAAACUCCAACGAGCGAUAGUAAUCGUUCCACUUCUCCUACUUUGACUUCAUCUAAUGCAACGACUAAUUCGUCUACCAUUUCUGCAAGUGCAAAUAGCAAUAUAAAUCCUACAAAUAAUACUAAUAGCAACGGAACUACAUUUUCUUGGUCUUCAGUGGCUGCUGCUAAUAAUAAUAAUACUACGUCAAAUCGUUCACUUCAUAGUGAAGCGUCUGAGAAAUCUGACGUACCUGGUGCAGGUGAUUCUGCACUAAAUCCUUUUAAAUACUCAAAAGAAUUUAUGCUUAAAUUAUAUAAGCCAGUAGGAUUACCUUUGGAAUUCGAAAGACAUGAAUAUGUUACAAGUGAGGAGCCACUACAACCAAUGGCCAUGAUAAUUUAUACAGAACAGGAACAAAAGCUUUUGUCAGGCACGUCUGUUAAUAGUGAACUUACUCGGCGCAUCGUUUCCAAUGCAUCGAGUGGAACUGUUACUGGAAGUGAACGUGUUGAAAGAGAUAGAGUACCAUUUCCUCCUCGUGGUGAAAAACAUAUUAAUACUGGUCUAACUUCACCGAGAAGCGAACGUUUUGGUGGCAUUAUUGGUGGAGUACUUAGCGGGCGAACAAGUCCUCGUAGCAGUCGUCCACCUAGAACAUCAGGAUCUCUCAACUUAUCAUCUGCAGAUGAUCCAGUGUGGAAUGGUGUUACACGGCAUGCAGUGGGGACUUUUGAUAGUAAUGGGGUUUUCAGAAUUCCCGGGAACAAUGUAGAGGAUGAAACUUUAGAUAAAGUUAAGAAAGAGGAUACCGAACGUGGCAAGAAAUUUGAGCAAGAGCUUGAAAGGAAAAAUCCGACCGACCGAUCGGAUGCAAAUACCUAUAGUAAGUCUUCCCAGAGUGAAAUUGUGACGACCAAAUCAGAAAGAGAAAUGAACAAUGAAUCUAUGAAUGGUAUUGAAGAUUCCACAAGGAAUGAAUUUAUGGAGGACUUGCAGGAAAAUACUUCGGUGCAACUUGGUCUUCAACAGGAAACACGGCAUGAACGUCAAAUAAAAAAAAAUAAAGUGUUACAGGAUUGGCAAGAAUCACAAAGUCAGUCAAAUCAAGAAAUUGAAGAAUCAUCUUUACAACGAGAUCAAACAGACUUUCAUCAAGAAAAACAGCGAGAACAAACAUCGUUUCAACAUUCACAAAGAAGUGAAGGAGAACAUCAGUUAUUACAACAACCACAAAAUAAUCGUAAAGAUGACGAAAAAGACCUUGAACGUGAAAUAGAUGAUGAUCGCAGCUUUGAACUAGACAGAGAAAAAGAUCAAUUGAUUUUAGAACAACAGAGACAGUUGCAGCUACAGC